AUGUCUUCUUCCCUCACAGCAUGGGAUCGCCUGGUACGCUACAUCUCCUCCACUGACGGUGAGAUCAAAUACGGAGAGCCAAUCCUGGAGUCCGGCGAUGCCGAUGUAGCUGCCCUAGCAAGGGAAGGCAAUCUUGAAGUCAGUGUCUUCGACGGCAACGACGCCCUAUCAGCGAAGCCCACAGGCAGCAAGGAUAAAGUCAAGACAUUGCUAGGCCCUCUCCGCCCUCAGGAAGUGCCCAUCAUUCGAUSCAUCGGUCUCAACUACAAGACUCACAUCAAGGAGACGGGGAGGAAUUUCCCCGAGGUCCCCACCGUCUUUACCAAGCCGGCACCGACAGUCACCGAUCAUGGUAGCGCAGUCCCAAUCCCCAAAGUCGCCCAGGAGCAGGCAGACUACGAAGGAGAACUGGUGAUCCUGAUUGGACGUGAUGCUUAUGAUGUUCGGGCCGAGGAUGCAUUGGACUAUGUUGCUGGUUAUACCGUUGGCGACGAUGUCUCGGCUCGAGACUGGCAGCGUGAGCCCAACAAAGCGGGACCGGUACCACAGUGGUGUUUCGGCAAGUCUUUCGACAAGUACGCGCCGCUGGGUCCAGUGCUGGUAUCUCCCAAGGUUUUGGGAGCCGCAGACAAGCAGCAGCUUCGAACGUAUGUCAAUGGCGAGGAGCGUCAACGUGGCAGUACAGAUGAUCUUUGCCAUGGAGUUCGAGCUCUCGUGGCAUUCUGUUCUCAAGGCCAGACGCUCCAGAAGGGAUCCUUGAUCAUGACGGGAACUCCAGGUGGUGUGGGUCUUUUCAUGAAGCCGCAGACGUUUUUGAAAGAUGGUGAUGUUGUCGAGGUUGAGAUAAGUGGGAUUGGGAGGCUGCAGCACAGCAUCAAGUUUAUGUGA